AUGGAUAUCAACGCCUUAGCUGGCAUCAUUGGUGGUAUAAGCAAUAUGAUACAAAAUAAUGUUGAAACAAUUGAUGUGCCAUCUUCACAAAUCAUGGGUCGAUGGUAUCAGGUGUACAAAGCAGCAAUAAGUUUCGAUGUGUACAAGGCGGACAUGUUUUGUCCAGUUGCAUAUUUCAAACCAAAUUCGGUAAUGGGUGAGGAUGGUUUUUCAAUCGAAGAAGCUUAUCGAGUGAUAACGAAAAAUGGUCCAAUUGAAACUUACAAAAGAGAUCUGAAUAAAGUUGGUGCCGGGCAGCAUUGGAUGUAUACUGAAGAAUAUUUUUAUCCUCGACAAUUUAAUAUAAUUAGUGUCGGCCCAAAUUAUACGAAUGCAACAGAUGGAAAGGAAAAGGAAAAACAGUAUCAGUACAUGGUUGUUACUGAUGCAAACAGGCUAUCAUUAAGCGUUUAUGCUCGCAAUCCAAUGAUAUUUUAUCAAAAAUAUAACGAAGAAGUUGUGAAAUUUCUUGAACAUGCUGGAUUCGGUGGAAAAGUUUUUUGGAAUUCCCCGAAACCCAUUUACCAGGGUCCUGAUUGUGAAUGGCCAUCCGAAAAAGAAGUGUUUGCUCGCCGGGUGUUGAAAAAUCAGGAAGCAGCAAAAAAUGCCGGGUUGGAAACAGCGAACAAAUCCGGAUUAUUUGGUUCCUCGCUCGAAAAAGAUGCCCAUAGUCCAAUAAGAGAAAUGUUUCAGAAUCCACAACUGGCACUACAGAAACUAGUGCAAGGGCACUGA